UAUAAACGAAAACGGAAAGGGAGAAAGAAAGAAACUCGGAACUCGAAAGGGAUGGGAUAAACCUUACGCACUCUCUCGUAUACGAUUGGCUUCUUUCAGAGCUUCAGUUUUGAUCCGGAGUGAGCAACAGUAUCUGUUCACUAGCUUCUUUAUGUGUGUUUCGGACAUUGGGUUGUGAUCGGUGAUGGCUCUGUUGAGGCCAUUUUGUGAAGGGAUGGAUCUAAUGGCAUCUGCAACUUUCUCGAGUGCAUCAAUGGCGAAGCGAGAUGUUCGUGGGAUAAACCCUUUUUGUCUAAACCCUAAUGCCCAUCAGAGAAGGAGGUCGUCUUGGCCAGUAGCUGUGGCCUCCGGGACGAACGCUAGGGUUUAUAAUACGGAGCUUGACUUAGAAUACAAGAAACACGAUCUCCUGAGAGCUGUGCAAGACACCCAACGAGGAAUCUCUGCGGAUUCUGACCAACGUUCGUUCAUUGAGGAGGCCAUGGUGAUUGUGGAAUCGUACAAUGGAGGAGGUGAACCCAUCGACAUGGUUCAGUUAGAUGGGACAUGGCGGCUUCAGUACACAUCUGCUCCUGAUGUUCUUGUCCUUUUCGAAGCCGCCUCUAGGCUUCCCUUCUUUCAGGUGGGUCAGAUCUUUCAGAAAUUCGAGUGUCGGGAUCUAUCAGACAGAGGGAUUGUUCGGAAUGUUGUCCGGUGGAGUGUUCCAAACUUGUUAGAGGAGCAAGAAGGGGCGACACUGGUUGUUUCAGCGAAAUUUGACAAGGUCUCAACCCGGAAUAUCUAUCUCCAGUUCGAAGAGAUAAGCAUCACAAACAUAAAAAUCAGUGAGCAGAUACAAGCAGUCAUAGCACCUGCAAUACUUCCCCGUUCGUUUAUAAGCCUUCAGAUUUUGCAGUUCCUCCUUAAUUUCAAAGCUCAGAUUCCCGUGACUGCUACCAGUCCAGGAAGGAGAUCUGUAGGCGGGCUGUAUUACCUGUCGUAUCUUGAUAAUAACAUGCUCUUGGGUCGGGCUGUUGGAGGAGGAGGAGUAUUUAUCUUCACAAGAUCUCAACCUCUCGAGUUCUGAGGAGAAUCAGAGAUGUUUGUUCAUGGGGCAACAAUCUGUGUUCCCAGCUGUGUAUCAGAGAGAUGAAAGCAACUGUGUUAGUGAUUUUAUUCUGUACAUCUAAAUUCUGGUUUCCUCGAAGCAUUAACAAGAUGCAAAAUUUGUACAUC